ACCAGGAAUGGAUUCUACGCUCCUGAGUGGACCGGGGGUCCCCACACCGGACCCGACCACCAGGGCACCCUGGAACAUCAGCUCCAUCAGUCCGCAACGACUCAUGGAGCUGUCUCCUGUCACUACAGCUGGUUCCGUGGUUACAAGCCACCCAUUUCCAACGGUAGACGUCCCAGACCACGCUCACUACACCAUCGGUGUUGUCAUCCUGGUCAUUGGCAUCACAGGCAUCCUGGGAAACUUCCUGGUCAUAUAUGCUUUCUGCAGGAGCCGGAGUUUGCGGACUCCAUCCAACAUUUUUAUCAUUAAUCUGGCGAUCACAGACUUGCUGAUGUGUGUUACUCAGACACCCACCUUCUUCAUCAACAGCAUGCACAAGCGAUGGAUCUUUGGAAAGAAAGGUUGUGAGUUGUAUGCCUUCUGCGGAGCGCUGUUUGGUAUCUGCAGUAUGAUGACACUGAUGGUGAUUGCAGUGGACCGGUACGUGGUGAUCACCAGGCCUCUGGCCUCCCUGGGGGGGAUGUCUCGCAGGAAAGCCCUGAGCAUCCUGGCUGCUGCCUGGAUCUACUCCGCAGGAUGGAGCCUGCCUCCAUUCUUUGGCUGGAGUGCUUAUGUCCCAGAAGGUCUGAUGACGUCUUGUUCCUGGGACUACAUGACGUUUACUCCUUCUGUCCGCUCCUACACCAUGCUGCUCUUUACCUUUGUCUUCUUCAUCCCUCUCUUCAUCAUCAUCUUCAGCUACUGCUGCAUCUUCAGAGCCAUCCGACACACAACGCGAGCGAUAGCAAAGAUGAACUGCGAGGGAAACAGAGACUCUGCAAAGAAGUUCCAAAAGAUGAAGACUGAAUGGAAGAUGGCCAAGAUUGCACUUAUCGUCAUCCUGCUGUUUGUCAUCUCCUGGGCCCCUUACUCGUGUGCUGCCCUCACUGCAUUCGCUGGGUACGCUGACAUGUUGACUCCGUAUAUGAACUCUGUUCCUGCUGUGAUCGCCAAAGCCUCUGCGAUCCACAACCCCAUCAUAUAUGCCAUAACACAUCCCAAAUACAGGUCAGCGCUCAGUAGGUAUAUUCCCUACCUCGGAACAUUGCUGUGCAUUACUGGCAGGGACCGUUUCAGCACCAGCAGCUUCCAGUCCACCCGCCGAUCCACCGUCACCAGCCAAUCAGAGAGCAAAGGCCCCAGCAGGCUCCGCAACUCCUCCCUGUCUGAGAGCGAAUCAGCCCGCUUCUCAGACACGGAGGAGGACUGCUCAUCUCGGACGCCUGACAUUCAUCAGUUAUCUGGUGAUGCCAAACAGGUGCACCAUGCCAGCCAGAGGUCAAAGGUGAGAGGUCACAACACGGGAGAGUUUGAGAGAACUGCCGCACACAACCCUACUGACCCGGCCAUAUGUCACCUGUCACAGAUCACAACUCUGGAGACUGAAGACAUCUCCAUGUCGGACAUCAGCCUGCAGCCAAGCAGUCAUCUGCCAGCUACUCUGGACAACGGGAUGGAGGAGUCUGGGCCGAGGACUGCGUAUAAGACAACGCCAUCUGUCAUUGUAACUUCCAUAUCCAGCCCGUCUAUACUGCAGAGUCCCCCGGGUUUCCAUGGCAACCUCAAAUCGACCAAAACGUACAGCCCGGUUGUCAAGGAGCCGCUUGACAUAGCCAGGCUGGAGACAACAGCAUUACCAUAA